AUGGCCACAGGCACUGCAGCAGAGACAGCUAGCGUUGGCUUUCAGACGGCUGACUCAAGCUUUCACGUCGACCACAUCCCAUUAAAACAGUGUUUUGAUGUCCACGCAGAAGACGUUACAGCCAUCUACGUUUCCCAAUAUUGCCGAGUCUUCCUCGGUCGCGAUUGUACCGAGAAACAGGUCCUUCUUAGCCCCGGCGAACACGAAUCCCCGAUAAGUAUUCCCGUCAUCGACAGUGUUUGGUGCGAAUCGCGCGGCCCAUUCGGAGGGCUCUAA